AUGCCACCCCGACUCAACCUUUUCGCCGCCAGGUCGGCAGUCCCUGUCGUCCGCCAGCCGACCUCUGCUUCGGCCGCACAGCGUUACGCCGCCCUGAGCCGACCAUGCCAGCGAUCCAGCGUCCAGUCAGUCCAGCGGAGAUGGACCUCGUCCGACAAGAGCACGAAGGAACUAGCCGAGGAACAGCGAAAGGCCGAGUCGAUGCCGCACGUCAGCGAGGAGGCCGCGGAGAUCAACAACAUCAUGAACAAGGAAAAGAGAUGCGACGGGACGCCGUCAAGCCCCGAGUUGGAGCAGGGCACGCCUGUUUCUGAGAUCCUCUCCCGCGACAAAGAAGCCCAGAAGCACGCGCCCAAGGUCUUCCAAAACCAGAUGAAGAAGCCCUCCGGCUCGCGAUCUUUCUCGACAUCUGCCCGCAACCAGCUCGAGGAGAACAAGGGCCCCAUGUCCGACGCAGAAAAUGCCGCGCUCAUCGAGACCAUGAUCGGGCAAAUCACCGAGGAGACACAGGAACUCAUGCCAGGCCUCAAGUACCCGGCCCCCGCCUCCAUCCCCAAAACAGAGCACCUCCGCCGCCGCUACUCGCCAGUCAUCGAGCAGUUCACGAAGAACAUCAUGCGCGACGGGAAGCUAGCCAAGGCCCAGAAGGACAUGUCCAUAAUCCUCGACAUCCUCCGCUCCGCCCCACCCCCCAAAAUCAACCCCAAGCGCCCUCUCCUCCCCGGCCCCGCCGCUCCCCAACUCCCCCUCAACCCAGUCGCCUACCUAACCCUCAUCGUCGACUCCGUCGCCCCCCUGAUCAAGCUCCUGCACGCCAGGGGUAUCGCCGGUGGUGGUCAGGCGACGCAGAUCCCGCUCGCGCUGGCGGAGAAGCAGCGGCGCCGCGCGGCGAUCGGGUGGAUCAUCGACUCGAGCGCCAAGCGCAAGGACGCGAAGUUUGCGCACCGUGUUGCGAACGAGCUUAUUGCUGUUGCGGAGGGGCGCAGCGGUGUCUGGGAGAAGAGGGAUGGCGUGCAUAAGCUUGGUAUUGCGGCCAGAGUGAAUAUCGGUGCGCAGUCGCAGAAGAAGAAGGCUAUGUCGAUGGCUUAUUAG